UAUACAAUACAUAUGUCCCAGUGUAUGUACAUUUAAUUUCCUUGGACAAACUCAAAAUGGCAUAGGUAAAUAGAAAUAUGACAUCAACGAGUAUAUAUAUCUGCUCCAUUUGCACAGACGAGGAACAUGCAAUCACUUGGUGCACAAAAUGUGAAGAUUUUCUUUGUACUGAUUGCGCAAAACAUCAUCAAAGAUCAAAGACCUCUAAAGACCACAACACAAUAUCGACUCGUGAUUAUCGUAAUUUACCGAAUUUUAUGCGCCAAACGAGCAAUCUUUGCAAAGACCAUGACAAAAAGAACGAAUUUUACUGUUCUUUCCAUUCAUAUCAUUGUUGCAUAGAAUGUAUCGCCGAUAAACAUCAACAGUGUAAAGACUUAAAACCCCUAGCAGACAGUUUGAAAGAUGUCAAAUCGUCUGCUAAUAUCCCUUUAUUGAAAAACAAUCUGAAGGAUCUGAAUGAAAGUUACAAAGAAGUACUUCAUUACUUAGGAGAAAGAAUAAAAACAAUCAACAAUCAAAAAGAUGAAGGAAUAAAGAGUGUCCGACAAAUGCGGCAGUCACUAGAUGUUCAUUUUGACAAAUUAGAAAAGCAACUUAAUGACGAUUUAGAAUCCAAACAUUCAAAAUUGAAGUCAGACAUAGAAGAACUUGUGAGGAAAAUCGAUAAUCGAGCUAAACGAGUUGAUGAAUUGCGCGUUGCAUUUUCUACGAUGGAACAAUAUGCAUCUGAACAACAAAUAUAUACUGGUCUAAUAGAAUUCGAAAAUAAUAUAUCACAAGAAUCGAAAUACUUAGAAGAGCUAGACAGUGGAAAUCAAUUAGAUAACAUUACCUUGGAGAUCAUUAUUCCUUCUGCUUUACAGUCAAUUUUACAAGAGGUUACAUCCUUUGGAAAUAUUGCUAUCACACUAGCACCCAAAAACUUCAAAUGUAAGAAUAUAGGCAAAAAUCAAGCUCAGCAGUUAGUUUCAAAAGUUCAUGAGAUGGAGCAUAUUAAACCAUCUCUGAUGAACACUUUAAGCGUUCCGAUUCGUUUCACCCUUAAUAUACCUGACUGUCAGAUAUACUUUGAUAGUACAAACGAAAAGUAUACGUUAUUACUUCUUGAUCAAAAUGGGAAGCGCAUGAUGCAGUUCAGUAGUGAAGGGGUCUUUAUUAAACACGUGAUGACCUUCACAGAUGAACCUCACAAUUUGUGCCAUGUUACGGGUGAUAUUGUAGCUGUCACUUUCAGAGGUGUUAAAAAGGUUAAACUGGUCGAGGUUGAGAAAAAUAAAAUAAAAAAAGAUAUACCACUUCCACAUCAAUGUUUUGGAGUUUCAAGUGAUGGGGAAGUUUUAGUAAUUAGCCAUGCAAAGGAUAGAAAAAUGAUCAUACUGAACCAUGUGAACUAUGAAGACAAAGACAUGUCAAAACAAACUUUAGAAGACAUUUGUGUCGACCGUCUUUCGCUUUUCAAAGGUAAAAUAUAUGGUACCAAUCGUAUUGAAAACGAGGUUUACUGUUUCAGAAUUACUGGAGAACCUCUAUGGACAUUUACCAAUAAGUACAUUAGACAACCGGAAGGAAUAGCUGUGGACAGGAAUGGAUUUGUUUUUAUUGCAUCCAAUGGAAACAACAGAAUCAUGGUUCUGUCGCCAGAUGGUAAAACAAGUAAAACAAUUCUGAGUGAGAAUGAUAGAAUCAGAGGACCCGGGGCAAUCAACAUAAACGGCGAAACAGGAAUGAUGAUAGUUUCUAGCUAUAUUGAUGGAGGGGAUAGUGCUUUCAUUUUCAAAAUAUAGCUUGAUAUAUUAUUUUAAGGUGUACAAAAGGAAAACUUGUAAAUAUGUAAAUAAGAAUUUGAAAAUAGUUCAGAAGGUUCAGAAAGUGGUAUAAACUUUUAAGUUGUUCUAGGAAUCUUAUUUUUGUUUCCAUCUUUUUACUUCUCAACUACUCAUGGACUAAGCUAAAAUGUAUUCUCUUUCUAUUACAUAUCCAUAUCUACAUCACUUACAUAAAUUUAAGGUGAUCUUUAAAAUUAUUAUCCAUUUUGUUGUUUGUUGAUGUGGUUCAUAAGUGUUUCUGGUUUUUCACUAUUGUUUGUUUGUGCCCAUUUCUUUUUUGGCCAUGGCUAUAUCAGUUUAUUUUUGAUCUAUGAGUUUGACUAUCCCUCUUGUAUCUUUCGUCCCUUUUUUUUAUAUAGAUUAGACUGUUGGUUUACCUGUUUGAAUUGUUUAACAGUAAAUUUGAGAAUGGAAAUGGGGAAUGUGUCAAAGAGACAACAACCCGACCAAAUAAAAAACAACAGCAGAAGGUCACCAACAGGUCUUCAAUGUAGCGAGAAAUUUCCGCACCCAGAGGCGUCCUUCAGCUGGCCCCUACACAAAUAUAUACUAGUCCAGUGAUAAUGAACGCCAUACUAAUUACCAAAUUGUACACAACAAACUAAAAUUAAAAUAAUACAAGACUAGCAAAGGCCAGAGGCUCCUGACUUGGAACAGACGCAAAAAUGCGGCGUAGUUAAACAUGUUUGUGAGAUCUCAACCCUCCCCCUAUACCUCUAACCAAUGUAGAAAAGUAGUCUUGUUUGGGCCCUGUAUAACUUGCUGUUCGAUGCGAGCGAAUGCUCCGUGUUGAAUGCCGUAUUUGUACCUAUGAUUGUUUACUUUUUACGCAUUUUAAGCUUGGGAGGAGACUCCAACAUGUCUUAUUGGCACUCAUACUUCUUCUUGUUUCUAUUCAUUGAUAAGCGUUUUUCAAUUUUAAAAAAAAACCAUAUAACUGAUGACUUAAAAUUUGGUGUUUUACAGACAUUUUCUAGAAUGUUUUUGCUUUUAGUAUUAUAUCAAGCCUUAUUACUGGAACAACCCAAUACAUCGAUGUACAUAUUUAUUGAACUUAUAAUUACAAACAAUGUAAAAGAGCUGUGUAAUUUAGGUAAAUAGUAUUUAGAUCUUUAAAGUUUAGAACCGAAAUGUUAAAAUAAUGAUUAUGUAUUACGACAAUAUCCUAAUCUUCUCUGUUCACAUAUUUUGGGUUUAUGUAUGUAUUGUUGGUGUUGAUGUAUUUCAAAUUACUUUUAGUUUAUAUAGACUUUGGUAAUAAAGAUAAAGAUAAGUA